UUCCUAACCCCAGGCAGCUAAUGAUUGGGUUAUACCUUGAAGUUUGAGUCAGUCUGUGUUUGUAAAUAUUUUUGAAUGCUCUGGUCUCUCAUUUGUAGUAUGAAUUAAUUCUGUAAAUGUGACAUGGAAAAUAUCUUGUUUAAUAACCUAUUGGCGCAAAUACAUAUAGGAAAGGGCAUGUUUGCAUGAAACUCAGCUUUCAAACUCUCUGCAUUGACAGAAUAUUGUCAUCACAAAAGGUGCCAUCCGGGAACUUUUGUACAGAAGAGAAACCUUUUACUUCCCAGCUGUUGCUGUCUAGGCAUAUAUGUAGCAGUCCUUACACAGCUCGUCUUGCUUUCUGAAAUCUUAUCUUUUCAUUUUGCCUCUCUAGCCUACAAACAACGUGUCUAUCCUUGUGUCUGUUGCAGGCUACAAUGUGAAAUUAACUUUGUAGUCUUGUAUUUUGCAGCCUGCAGUAUGUGCGAACACAGAGAAACAAAGCAGCAGGAGGAAAUGUCAUAGAACACAGACAAGGAGCGUGGCAAAAGGCAGUCUUCCCCCUACCCCCCAAAUAGACAAAUGGAGAGCCACAAAGAACUAAUACAUGUAAUCCAGCCAUUCCAAUGCAGAAGCUGCAAGACAUUCAGAGAGCUAUGGAGCUGCUCUCUGCAUGCCAGGGACCAGCAAAAAACAUUGAUGAAGCAACCAAACGUAAAUACCAGUUUUGGGAUACGCAACCUGUACCCAAACUUAAUGAAGUUAUAACUUCUCAUGGUGCAAUUGAACCAGAUAAGGACAAUGUCCGCUUAGAACCAUACUCUUUGCCACAGGGUUUUAUGUGGGACACUUUGGACCUGAGCAAUGCUGAAGUUCUAAAGGAACUGUACACAUUAUUAAAUGAGAAUUACGUAGAAGAUGAUGAUAACAUGUUUAGGUUUGACUACUCACCUGAGUUUCUUAUGUGGGCACUACGUCCUCCAGGCUGGCUACCCCAAUGGCACUGUGGAGUUAGAGUAUCGUCAAACAAAAAAUUGGUAGGGUUCAUAAGCGCCAUCCCUGCACACAUUCGGAUUUAUGACAGUGUGAAGAAAAUGGUAGAAAUCAAUUUUCUUUGUGUCCACAAGAAAUUGAGAUCUAAACGAGUAGCACCUGUACUGAUUCGGGAAAUAACCAGAAGAGUAAACCUGGAAGGGAUUUUUCAGGCAGUUUACACUGCAGGAGUGGUACUCCCCAAGCCUGUGGCCACAUGCAGGUACUGGCAUCGAUCACUGAACCCCAGAAAAUUGGUAGAGGUGAAAUUUUCACAUUUGAGUAGAAAUAUGACUUUACAAAGAACAAUGAAGCUCUACAGACUUCCCGAUGCCACAAAGACUUCAGGUUUGAGACCAAUGGAACAAAAAGACAUUAAAGCAGUGCAAGAACUGAUCAACAGUUACUUGAAGCAAUUUAAUCUUGCUCCUGUAAUGGAUGAAGAAGAGGUAGCCCACUGGUUCCUGCCUCAGGAUCAUAUUAUUGACACCUUUGUAGUUGAGAGUUCAAAUGGUAUUUUAACCGAUUUCCUGAGUUUCUACACGUUACCUUCAACAGUUAUGCACCACCCUGUUCAUAAAAGCCUCAAAGCUGCCUAUUCCUUCUACAAUAUUCAUACAGAGACUCCUCUCUUGGAUUUAAUGAAUGAUGCACUCAUUAUAGCUAAAUUGGUAAGUAACUUACUUUCCCUGUCUACUUUUCUCAGAAAAGUAGGGUAAUUUAAAAAAAAAUGU